AGGCUUUUAUUUUGGAGGUCAGUCAGUCAGAUCGGAUGUUACGGUAAAGCUGGUGUGCUGACGGCUAAUUGCAAGUUACAAACUGAUCAACUCUCUAAACGUCUUGCUGAUUGACCUGACGGACGGCAGACUUUUUUCUCAUGCUGCCGCUCGACUGAACAAGCUUCUGGAAGCUUCUGGUGCGCGCGCACAGUCUCCAUGGCUACGGAAGAGUUCUAUGAGUUUCCUCCUGCAGGUGGAGAGGAUCGUGGAUAAAAGGAAGAAUAAGAAGGGGAAGGUGGAGUACCUGGUCAGGUGGAGAGGUUACGGUUCAGAGGGGGACACGUGGGAGCCUGAGAGUCACCUGUCCACUUGUAUGAUGUACGUCCAUGACUUUAACCGUCAGUACGCUGAGCGUCAAAGGGACAACAUGUUACUGCGCUCCACCCGCAGCUCGCCCAGCCACCACUGCAACCCCACCCACAGACAGCCCUGCAGGCCUGGUGUCACUGCUCGCAGUGACAUCAGUGGAGGUUUAACUGGAAACUGUGAUCAGGUGAAACCUGUUGGCCCAGCUAACUUGCCCCCUGUCGGACUUACCCCACCUGCCCCCGUCAGCUCCCAGCAGGUGACUGGCAAGUUCAGCAGUGGUCUGGUAGCUGCGGCUCCAGCUAGCUCAGCCCGCCGCAGCGUGGACCUGUCCAAGACUGGCAUCAAGAUCCUUGUUCCUAAGAGUCCGAUGAACAGCCGUCUGGACUCAGAGGAGUCUCCUAGUGAGGCUGCUCACAGUCUGGAGGCUGGCGCUCAGGAGGCCCACCUGGUCCCACCUGAAGUCGCCCUGCUGGAGAAACCCACAGGAGUCCAGCUGGGGCCUGGAGAGGAGAGGGCACGCAUGGGGACUAGACCCCGCAACCAAAACCCCCUGCCCCCGCCCAGAGUACCCAUCACACCCGCUGCUAUGCGCUCGCUCAGUGGCACAGGUACCUCACCACUGAUGGAGGCUGUUGCUGCCAAUGGAAUGUCAGGUGUGCAGAGUGCUGUUGCUGGGGCGACCACAGCAACGGGAAAACGUCGUCUGGAGGAGCGUUGCGCUUUUGACAAACGUCUGAGGUUCAGCGUCCGACAAACCGAGAGCGCUUACCGAUACCGGGACAUCGUGGUGAAGAAACAGGACGGCUUCACACACAUCCUGCUGUCAACCAAGAGCUCUGAGAACAACACGCUGAACCCUGAGGUGAUGAAGGAGAUCCAGAGCGCCAUGGCAACAGCAGCAUCAGAUGACAGUAAGAUGGUGCUGCUCGGCGCCGUCGGCAGCGUCUUCUGCUGCGGCCUCGACUUCUUGUACUUCAUCAGACGCCUGACGGACGACAGGAAGAAGGAGAGUAUCAAGAUGGCUGAAACCAUCAGGACCUUCGUCAAUACCUUCAUCCAGUUCAGGAAGCCGAUUGUGGUGGCAGUGAAUGGACCAGCGCUUGGACUUGGCGCCGCCAUCCUGCCUCUCUGUGAUGUGGUGUGGGCAAAUGAGAAGGCCUGGUUCCAGACACCAUACACGUCCUAUGGCCAGACACCUGAUGCCUGCUCAUCCUUCACCUUCCCCCGCAUCAUGGGCCCUGCCUCGGCUAAUGAGUUGCUGCUGAGUGGCAGGAAGUUGACGGCUCAGGAGGCGUGUUCUAAAGGUCUGGUUUCUCAGGUUCUCUGGCCGGGAACUUUCACACAAGAAGUGAUGCUGCGAAUCAAAGAACUGGUAACCGUCGACUUGCAGGUUUUGCGGGAGUCUAAAGCCCUAAUGAGGAACACCAGCCGCAGUGCCCUGGAGCAAGCUAAUGAACGUGAGUGUGAAGCGCUGAAGAGAGUCUGGGGCUCAUCACAAGGAACCGACGCCAUCCUGCAAUAUCUGCAGAGGAGGACUGAGCUCUGCUAGAAUCUGGACUGGAACCUGGACCAGGAGCAGGACUGGCCCUAUGACUCAGCAGAUUUUGGGACAGAUGGGAAACAUUGAAUGUUCCCUCCUUUUGUUGUAACCAGUAAGUUAUAAUUUGAGAAGAGCGUUGAUUUAAAAACAGACCUUUCUGUAAAUCCUGUUGUUCUCGCUCUGCUCCAGUCUAUUGUAAUCUCACCUGUGGGGUUCCACAGGGUUCCACCCUGGCUCCUCUCCUCUGUUGGUCAGCUUUAUCUGCUUCCUUUCGGUGAUAACAUCACAAAACUUUGACAUUGGGUCAUGUGACAAAUGACGUAGGUUUAUAUUUUCACAACUGUUGUUCCUGCAAGGCCAAACAGAGGGCACCAAAACCCACGACAGUUUGAAAAGAACCUGAACAGACUUUCUCAGGAUUUAAACAGCUUAAAUCACAAUGAAUAUUUACUGCGUGUUUGUAUGCCAACUACUCAGUAACGGUGGCUUAAAACAGAAGAUUUCCAGAUGGAGUUCUGCACUGUUUUAUUCUAAGCUAGACUAACAGUUUCUCUGUGCUUCCAGUCUUUGUGCCUAGCUAGGCUAAAAAUUCUGGACCUCAGUCAGGACAAACAGACAUUAAAGUGAAUCUGAUUAAGUUCUGCAUGGAGGAAUAAACAUGAAUUGGAGGCUGAACAGAAACAGGAUAUGAACUAA